AGAAAAGCACUUAAAUUAAGACCCCACGUUAAGUCCUUUCAAAAGACCACAAGUCGUGAUUUUCAUCUUUCCUUCUCCACUGCACCAACACCAUCACAUUCAUUCUUUCACCUCACAUUUUCCAAAUUCAUUCCCAUUUUUUCAUCUAUACAAUUACAAAACAUGUCUUCUUCCUCUUCUCUUCAACUUCAAGCCUCUUCUUCCAAAUCCAAUCAUGAUCCUCACCACCAACAACAACCACUUAGCAGAUACGAGUCUCAAAAACGUCGAGAUUGGAACACCUUUGGUCAAUACCUCAAGAGUCAAAACCCACCUGUUCCACUAUCAAACUGUACCUUCAACCAUGUUCUUGAUUUUCUCCAUUACCUUGAUCAAUUUGGCAAGACCAAAGUCCACUUGCACGGUUGCAUCUUCUUUGGCCAACCUACCCCUCCUGCACCAUGUGCUUGUCCUCUCAAGCAAGCUUGGGGAAGCCUAGAUGCACUCAUCGGACGCCUCCGAGCCGCCUACGAAGAGAACGGCGGAUCAUCGGAGACUAACCCUUUCGCCGGAGGAGCCGUGCGGGUUUUCCUCCGUGAAGUGAAGGAUAGUCAGCAAAAGGCCAGAGGGAUUCCAUAUAAGAAGAAGAAAAAGAAGAAGAAGAGUUACCAAAUAAAGGGGAGUACUACUAGCACUACUCAAACUCAACAAAGUACCUAUGUCAACCAACAAGAUUCUUGAGAUAUGAACCAGAACUAUAUAUAAAUAUAUAUGGUAAAUUUUUUUUGUUUCUUUUAUAAGCAAUGAAUUUUAUAUAUUAAGAGAUGGAAUUAUUAUAUUGUCAUAUAUAACAUAUUAUGCCUAUAAUUAAUUGUUUGUUUAUGUAUUUUGAUUAAUUAUCAAUUGGCUUCAAAAUUUUCAUUGUUAGAAAUCUAAACUAUAACCACCAUGGGAAUUAAGCAGAAAAGGAUCUUAUAUUAAUUUGGAAGCAUUUAUAUCAAAAGGCUAUAAAAAGGUCAAGUAUAUGGAACGAUGGAUUUAGAGCAACAUGAACAGAAACAUUUGUAGUAUAUGAAACCCUAGAAGCUGAACAGAAACCCUAAGUAUACACUGUUGAUUGGAAAUGGUUUGCUUGGAGUUAUUUACUAGCUAGCUAUAAUAUUAUAAUAUAAUAUAAUAUAAUAAGACUGUUAGAAUAAUAAUAGCUAGUGUUUAUCUGUUUCUUUCUCUCUCUCCUAUAAUUCAAAAUAGUACUGUUACAGUGUUACUGUAGUUUUUAAUUAAAUACUAAUCACUUGCUUUAUGCUAAUUAUGUUGGGGCUUUUCGGAUUCUCCGAGAUUUCUUUUGUUCCCCAUGGAUGUGUUUUGAUCUAUCAUAUGUUGCAUGACACACACAACCUCACGUAGAAAGACACAUAUAUAUGAAAUUCUGUCAUAUAACAUUUUGAAAAAAAUGCAUGUUUCAAGUAAUAACUGACAGUACUCUUCUUAAGAAGAAUAUUGAAAAUUGUUGCAUACAGAUCUUGUUCAGAGAAAAUUUAAUUUGCAAAAACACUUAUUUUGACAUACAAUAGAUUUAUGUACUGUUGGAAAAUUAAUCUGGUUAAGAAGAAGUUAACAAGUUGCCAAUAUGCCCUUUUCUUUUGUUUCUGCAUUGUUAAAUCAUAAAUGCUUGUUGUCUCAUAUAGUGGAAGCUGAGGGCUACUUUAAUUAAAAUCUAG